AGGAAUGUAUAUCAUCACACAAUGUCCUUGGCAGCUUUUAGACGAGCAGUUAGCCGUAUCCUCUUUCAGGGUCGGUCUUGUCUGCCUCCAAAGCAGCCAUUAUUGUAUAGUGCCAGAAAAUUCUGCCAUACUAAUGGGUCAGGAGAGAACGUGCGCGAAGCAGUUUAUCAGUCCAUUAGUGAGGGGUACAGCCAAAACACAGCUGAUGGGCUAAACUUUGGUGACAAUUGCCAUAACCAUUCCACCAGUAGUAAGAGUGGGCCAGCACAAGCAGAGGCAUGCUCCAGAUUCUUUUCACUAAUACAGCAGCAUAUUACCCUAUCCCCUGUACCAACUGCUGCAACCAGUGACCUGUUCAAAAACAGAGAUCCACAGGAUAUUGUCAGUGAGUUUGAAAGCAACCCAGAUUAUGCAGACAAUGCGUAUCAAGUCCUUCAAUACUUAUAUGCUGAUCUGUGUCUCAGACAACCAGAGACUGGCAGUGGUUUUUUAAACAGAGUUGUCAUAGAAGAUCUGAAAUUACUGGCAUUGUAUGAACACAUGCUUUUAAAGCUUGAAAUAUUGAAAGAUUUAGAAAUGAGAGAACACAUAAGCCAUAUUUCUUUAUACCCACAAUUCGUUGAAGACCCUGACAGAAAGUUGGGGGUGGUCUUGGAAAAAGCUGUCAUUCAAGCUUGGCCAACCUUAAGUCUACCUGAACAGCUUCAAUCAACACGGGCCAUGUAUGAAUUAUCUAAGCUUGACAAUCGAUAUUACCUGAAAGAGGCCACCGAAAAGCUCAUUUCUGAUAUCGAGGGUAUGCACAACAUCCCUAAAGAAUUUCAUUUUAGGAUCUUCAUGGCUAUCGUAAAUCAGGCCGAGCUCAGGUUGAAACAUGGUGAGAAGAACAUUUUGUUGAGUUUGAAACUUCUGGAACAGAGUUUGGCAAAGUUGCAUAUAUUAGAGAGCAAGUUUCUUAUUGUUUAUCUAGAAUUGAUGCAUCUCCUCCAACUGCCUGUGGCACUGCCAGCCUUGAAAUACAGUGUUUCUGUUCUGCAAAACGAGCAAUCUCUUCCACUGGUCGAUCAGUUGCUUUCCACUUACUUUAACAAACAGUGUGAUAGUAGAUCAAAAGUCUCAGACCAUCUGCUGAGUGAAAUUGAAAAUGUGAUUUUGAAUUCUAUGCACCUUUUAGAUAUCAGAGCAAAGAUUUGGUAUGCCUAUAAGCUGUCCCAACAGAACUAUAGAUGUGAAUUAAUUUACUCUGCUAUUAGGCUCUCUUUCCCAGACAACUUGGGGGCUUUGAAAGACAGCACUUUGGAAGCAAGCGACUGUUUACAUUGGAUGAAAUGUCUAGUGAAAAUGAACUGUGGAGAUGACACCAGUUUAAGGCGUAUUUUUACUCUGCUUCAGCAGGACUAUUUGGAGAGAUUGCGGCUUAGUGAAAAUUGGGAGGAAAGCAUAGGAUUUCUUAUUUCUUUGCUGGAGCAUUGGUUUGUUGCCUGUGUAUCUGGACAGUGUGACAUGGAGGUGAGUGAGUGGGAUCCUCUUUUGAGGAAUUUUUUCAGUGAGGCCUUCCAACGGAAACUUGAAGAUGGCAUCCCUACACAUGACAGCUAUGUGGAGCCCCUACUCAAAAUUUACGGCUAUUUGGAACUUCAGAAAAAUACCCAGUACACCAACCAAAUUCCUCGUCAUCAGUUUGAGAUCCCAGUCAUUAGGGAUGCCAUUUUGAAAACACAAUGGUUAAAACUGGAUUUGAUGAGUGAAAUGCCUUUUGCUGUAGCUCGGGCAAUUGACAGAGAGGUGCGACUAGGUACACUGCCUCACUUUGGGCUGGUGUACAUUGAGUUUAUUUUGGAUACAGUUGGGACUCCUGUGCUGGUACCCCCAGACAAAAUAAAGCCUGUUAUGUUGGGUUGCCAGCAGACGAGGCUACCGGAAGGUUGGCGAAGAAUUGCAGUGCGAGUUAUGAGGCAUGAAGAUUACACAUGGGAUAAAAAGGAGCUCAUAGUGCCCGAGGCGUGUAGGACAAAGGUUCUAGAGAAGCUUGGUUUCACGGUCUUGCAUGUACCCCCUGAACUGACGGAGAAAUGGGACCUGAGAGAGUUUCUGGAGGAGCAGCUUGGAGUUUACGGAUGGAAACCAAGUGAUGAAGCCCUUUAGUAGGUAGAAAGCCAGAGAUGACUUGAUGGUUCAGACUUCUUUUCAUGCUGAAUAAAGAAUACCUUGAAGAAGAUUUUUUUUUUUUUUUUUUUUUUUUGUAUUUAGACUCCCUGUAAAUAUUUAACCAAAUUACUGGUCAACAUUUUGGAGUUCCUGUAUGUUACAUGUUUAAUUUACUAGUAACCAUCCUUUUUAAAAUAAUCAGUGGUUCAGUGGACAGCUGUUAUUGAAGUAUAUUUAGUCUUGAAAUACCUUGCAGACAUUUAAAUUUUGGACAUUUAUUAAUUCUGCCUACUAAUAGACAAGUUUGAAAUUGCAGUCUCACCCAGACACAUUUUAAAAUUCCCUUGGCGAGAUUUUAAUUGUAAUCACCACGGUGAGAAAAAUCUGAAUCUUAAAGUAGUCAUGAAUGGUAACUUUACAACUUUCUUAGGGGUGUGAUUUAUCUUUAAAACUUAACUGUGACCUGUAUUUCAAUCUUGCCCGUUUCAUCCAUACUGUAACGUCAUAUAGUUGCCAAACAAGUUUAAUGUAAGUAAUUGUAAUUAGAGAAAGGAAAUAAAACAAUAAAAAAUUU